UGAACCCUCGUAAGUUAAUAUUUAUAAUAUGAACUUAAUCUAUCUAUAAGCUAAACUUAAAAUGUGACACAGCCAAACAAAGCUUACUAAGAAUGAAGACGAUUUGGUUUGGUUUGUAAUAAGUUGUUGGAAGAAGAAUACACAGAAUCAUCAUCAUCAUCAGAAAGAUGGAGAUGCAACAGCUUCUGAGCAUGGGUUUUCCUGAUGAGUUAGCCGCUCAAGCCUUAGCUGCCACUGGUGGUAAAUCCACUGUCAAAGCCACUGAAUGGAUUCUUACUCAUAAACCCCCCAAUUCCACCAUUCACACCCCUUCCUCUUCUCCUUCUUCUGCUUUUCAACCCAAACUCGAUCGUUUCUUCCAAACCCCACAACAACCCAUUCAAGCAGAACAACAACAACAACAAACAGAAGAACCAAACAAACGAACGAAGCUAUCACCAACACAACAAAACAAACCUUCAUUCUUCUUCAAACCAACUUCCAUGAAACAACAACCUCAAACUCAUGAACCAUUGUACGAACGACUCCGACCCAGAACACUCGACGAGGUUGUCGGACAAGAUCAUCUCUUAUCAACAAACUCCAUUCUCCGUUCAUCAAUUCAACGCAAACGUCUACCUUCAAUCCUUUUGUGGGGUCCACCUGGUACAGGUAAAACCACCAUUGCAAAAGCCAUUGUUAAUUCAUCAUCAACAACAAAAGAUUCACCUUUGUAUCGUUUUGUAUCUUUAUCCGCGGUUACGAGCGGUGUUAAAGAUGUUAGAGAAGCUGUUGAUGAAGCUAGAAAAGUUAGAGUUAAAACAAAUCAAACUACUGUUUUGUUUGUUGAUGAAGUUCAUAGGUUUAAUAAAUCUCAACAAGAUUCAUUUUUACCUGUUAUUGAAGAUGGUAGUAUUGUUUUUGUUGGUGCUACUACUGAAAACCCCUCUUUUCAUUUGAUUACACCAUUGUUGUCGCGUUGCCGUGUUCUUACUCUUAACCCUCUUCAGCCACAUCACCUCAUUUUGCUUCUCAAACGUGCUGUUAAUGACACGGAAAAAGGGUUGGUGAAAAGUCUUGGUUUUGGUUCUUGUAAAGUUGAUGUUAGUGUUGGUGAGGAUGUGGUUGAUUUUGUAGCUAAUAAUUGCGACGGUGAUGCUCGCGUUGCUUUGAAUGUGUUGGAGAUUGCUGGUGUUAAUGCGGCUGCACGAGUGGAACAUGAUAGUGAAGAAUGUCAGGAUGUUGCUGUUAGUGUUAGUGUUGAGGAUGCAAAGGAGGCGCUUCAAUGCAAGCAUCUUGCUUAUGAUAAAGCUGGGGAAGAACACUAUAAUUUGAUUAGUGCAUUGCAUAAGUCUAUGAGGGGUAGUGAUGCUGAUGCAGCGAUUUAUUGGUUGGCAAGAAUGUUAAAGGGAGGUGAAGAGCCGCUUUAUAUUGCACGUAGGCUUGUACGGUUUGCAAGUGAGGAUGUUGGUUUGGCUGAUCCUUUAGCUCUUAAUCAAGCUGUUUCGUGUUAUCAAGCUUGUCAUUUUAUAGGAAUGCCUGAGUGUAAUGUGAUUCUUGCACAGUGUGUUGCUUACUUGGCUUUGGCUCCGAAAUCUAUAGCAGUUUAUAGAGCAAUGGGAGCUGCUGAGAAGGCCGUGAGGGAAUCCGUUGGACAGAAUGAGGGGGUGCCUCUUCAUCUCAGGAACGCACCAACCAAGUUAAUGAAGGAAGUUGGGUAUGGGAAGGGAUACAUAUAUACUCCUGACAACCCUUCCGCAACACAGAGCUUCUUGCCACCCUCCCUUCAAGGGUUCAAAUUCCUUCAUUGGCCUGACAGGGAUCCCUCCGAGUUUGAUGGAUGAAAAUGUUCAAUUCCAGAUGAGAGUUUUUGUGUUAUUUUGUUCCUCUUUUUUGUUUCUCACAAAUUUCUCCACUGUCAUCUUUUUGUCAUUGCAAAGAAGUGUGUAGUAUAGGUAAGUAGUGGUUGGAGAAUGGCUAUCUAAGGCAAGUGUAACACAUGAUGUAGGUUUUGACUCAAUUAAAUGCUCAUUUUGAUGAACUUACUCCUAGAGUUUGCUUGGAUAGGGGAUUGUAGUGAGUUAAUGUAAUUUCUUGGAGUAAUUAAAAUGCGUUGGAUAAAAUAUCAGUUUUUGGUUAA